UGUAUGAGUAUGUGGACCUCACAAUUCUAGCCUGCAGGAGAUGGGUAUAUGCAUGUUGUUGUCGAGAUGCAUGACCUUCCAGCACUGCCAGGAUGCUUUUGCGCAGUGAGCAAUGCCACAAUCAGUAACAGAUAGCAAGGAAUUUGGCAGUCCAUUCGCUUGUUGAAGAGGUGCUUGGGUGGAUUAAGCUCAGGUCUAAUAUUUUGGAUACUACUAUGCCUCCAUUAAUCUAUACAGAAAAAAAAUGGUCUCUUAUGAAUUCAUUGAAGGGAUUUUGUUUUUCUUCAUGACUCUAAUUGGAAUUUGUGGCAACCUAAUUAUUACUAUUUGUUUCUCACAGAUUGCUUACCAAGACCACAAAAUUACAACAGUGGAAAUCAUUCUAUUAAACCUAGCAUGGGCGAAUCUUAUUGCUUUACUUGCAAGGAGUAUUCCUGAAACUCUUUACGUAUUUGGAGUAAGAAAAAUAUUUGAUGACAUUGUUUGCAAAAUAAUUCCCUUUCUACAUAUAAGUUUUAGAGGACAUGCUCUCUGUCUGACAUGCUUUUUGAGUUAUUUUCAAUGUUUGAGCAUAGGUUCAACAAAUAUAAAAUGGCUACAAUUAAAAGCCAAAAUGCAAAAAUACAUUGCAAUUAUAAUAAUUUUCUUCUGUUUUACAAGUAUGGUGUUCAGCACUGACUUAAUACUUUAUUCAUCUGCUAACAAAAAUAUUAGUAAUACAGAAAAUACAAUAGCCUUAGGCUACUGUAUUAAUUUUUUACCAAACAAACUUAUAAUAGAUAUAAUAGGAUAUUUAGUAUUUUCCCGUGAUCUCUUGUGUGUUCUUGUGAUGAGUUUUUUUAGUGUCCACAUUUUAUUUGUUUUGUACACUCAUAGACAAAAAGUGAAAGGGAUAAGAAGUUCUGAUCGAAGUCUGGAAAGUACUGCAGAAGGUCAAGCUGCAAAAAUUGUCAUAUUAUUAGUUAUCAUGUAUGCACUGUUUUUUGGUAUAGGCACCAUAGUUUGGUUUUACCAAAUUAUGUCUAAUACAAGUUCUAAUGUUGCUUUCAUUAUCCGCAAUUUCUUUUCAAUGUGUUAUUCUACAUUUUUCCCUGUGGUGAUUUUUGCAUUUAACAGAAAAAUCAGAUAUAAGCUACAACAGUGCUUGGGCAGGACGCAUCUAUUGCUAAAUGAUUAAGCUACCAAACCAGUUACAAUCAUGUAUUUUGCCUGCUAUGAUUUAUGUAUAAUACUAUGAUUUUAUUUUCUCCAAUUUAAUAUUGCUCCUUAUACCUUUACUGAUUUUACUUCAUAAAAAUAGACCGUUUUAAUUUUGCUUAGAUUAUGAAAUUUUUACAUUAAGCAUAUGCGCAGUUUCCUUGUUAGCAGCUCUAUGGAGUCCAGCAUCUGAGGACCUUGUAACCUGAAAAAUAACCAAGUAUUCCUCUUUCUAACUAUC